UUCUUAAUAUUCAUACUUAUUUUUCUUCUCUAUUCUCAUGGCUUCCUCUUCUUUUUCAUAUGGAUUCACCUUCGACGUCUUCCUCAGUUUCAGAGGCUGCGACACUCGUUACGGUUUUACUGGAAAUCUAUACAAAGCUCUAUCUGAUUCUGGAGUCCACACCUUCAUUGAUGAUAGAGAGCUUCAAGGAGGCGAUGAAAUUAAAACAUCACUUUCUAAGGCCAUUGAAGACUCUAGAAUUGCCAUUCUUGUCUUCUCUCUCAACUAUGCUUCUUCUUCCUUUUGCUUAGACGAACUUGUCCAUAUCAUUCAACACUUUACACAAAAUAAUCGUUUGGUUUUGCCCGUUUUCUAUGGCGUCGAUCCUUCUGCCUUGCGACAUCAAAUUGGAAGUUACGGUGAAGCAAUAGCUAAGCAUGCAGAGAGGUUCCAAAACAACGCGGAGAAUAUGGAGAGGUUGCAAAAAUGGAAGAUGGCUCUUAACCAAGCAUCUAACUGGUCAGGCUACAGUUUUCACAUUGGGAAUGAAUAUGAAUACAAUUUAAUUGGGGAGAUAGUAAAAAACGUCACCAACAAGAUUAAUCGUGUUCCUUUGCAUGUUGCGAAUUAUCCCGUUGGACUCCAAUAUCCAUUACAAAAAGUAAAUUCACUUUUUGAUGUUAGAUUUGAUGAUAAAGUCCAAAUGUUAGGGUUAUAUGGAAUUGGAGGAUUGGGAAAAACAACACUUGCCCGAGCAAUUUACAAUUCCAUGGCGGAUCAAUUCGAAGUGUUAUGUUUUCUUCAUAACGUGAGAGAAAAUUCAGCUAAACAUAACUUGGAACAUCUCCAAGAGAUGAUCCUUUCCAAAAUAAAGGGACAUGAAAUCCGGUUAGGAGAUGUCAGCGAGGGAAUUCCAAUCUUAAAGCAAAGGCUACAUCGAAAGAAGGUUUUGUUGGUUCUCGAUGAUGUUGAUGAAUUGAAGCAGUUGCAGGUUUUAGCCGGAGGACUUGAUUGGUUUGGUCUUGGGAGUGUAGUAAUUAUUACCACUCGAGACAAACAUUUGUUAGCAAAUCAUGGGAUUGAAAGAACAUAUGAAGUAGAUAAGUUAAAUCAAGAAGAAGCUCUGGAAUUGUUGAAGUGGAACUCAUUUAAAAAUAAAACAAUUGAUUCAAGUUUUGAAGGCAUUUUAAAACGUGCAGUAACUUAUGCUUCUGGACUUCCAUUGGCUUUAGAAGUAGUCGGUUCCAAUUUGUUUGGAAAGAAUAUAGGACAAUGGAAAUCUACAUUGGAUUGGUACGAAAGGAUUCCUAACAAAAAGAUCCAAGAGAUACUGAAGGUAAGCUAUGAUGGUUUGGAGGAAUAUGAGCAAAGUGUUUUUCUUGACAUUUCUUGUUGCUUCAGAGGCUUUGAGUUGUUGGAGAUUGAAGAUAUACUUGAAGCUCAUUAUGGGGACUGCAUGAAGCAUCAAAUUGAAGUGUUGGUUGAUAGAUCUCUCAUAAAGAUCAGUCAGGAAGGUAAACCUGGUAUUGUGACAUUACAUGACUUGAUUCAGGACAUGGGGAAGGAAAUUAUUCGACAAGAAUCACCCAAAGAGCCUGGUAAACGCAGCAGGUUGUGGUUCCAUAAAGAUAUAGUUCAUGUUUUAGAAGAAAAUUUGGGAACAGAUAAAAUUGAAAUCAUAUAUCUGGAUUGCUCCUCGGAUGAAGUAGUAAUUGAUUGGAAGGGAAAGAGCUUCAAGAAGAUGAAAAAUCUCAAAACACUUAUUAUUAAACAAGGUUGUUUUUCUAAAUGUCCGACAAGUUUUCCAAAUAGUUUGAGAGUAUUGGAAUGGCAAAGAUAUCCUUCACGGUAUAUACCAACUAACUUUUGUCCUAAAAAACUGAUCAUAUGUAAGUUACCCAAUAGCUGCUUGACCUCGUUGGAAUUGGCUAGCUUUUUGAACCAGAAGUUAACGAAUCUCAAAAUUUUGAACUUUAAAGAUUCUGAAUAUUUAACGCAUAUACAUGAUAUAUCGGGCUUAUCAAAUUUAGAGGAUUUAUCGAUGAAAAAUUGUAAGAAUUUACUUACAAUCCACGAUUCUGUUGGACACUUGAAUAAACUGAAAAUUUUGGAUGUCGGGGGUUGCAUCAAGCUCCAGAGUUUUCCACCCUUGAAGUUGAGCUCUCUUCAAAAAUUGAAACUUUCAGGUUGUGAGAGUCUUAAAAGUUUUCCAGAAAUAUUAGGAGUGAUGCAAUACAUAAAAUCCAUUGAAUUGGAUAAAACUUCUAUAGAAGAAUUUCCAUUUUCAUUUCAAAAUCUCACUGGCCUUUCCCUUUUAGAAGUAUUUGGAAAUGGAAGAGUUAGGUUAUCGAGUAGCAGUCUUAUGAUGUCAAAUUUAAAGAAGGUUGAUGUCAAAAAUUGUCAUCUAUUAUUGCCAAAAGAAAAUGAUAAAUUCAGUUCUGAGAUGUUUUCAAAAGUGAGAUCUCUACACCUCUUUAACUCCAACCUGUCAGAUGAAUCUCUUCCAAAAUUUCUUACUUUAUUUGCUAAUGUGCAAAAAUUAGACCUGUCGGCCAAUCAUUUCACAAUUCUUCCCGAAUGCCUCAAAGAUUGUAACUUUUUAUAUAAGCUUUGUUUAGAUGAUUGCAAGAAUCUGAAGGAAAUUAGAGGAAUCCCGCCGAGUUUAAAAUAUUUCUCUGCACAAUCUUGCAAUUCUUUGACAUCAUCGUCUAGAAGCAUGCUACUAAAUCAGGAAUUGCAUGAGGCUAGAGGCACCUACUUCUAUUUUCCUUCAGGAACCGAGAGGAUACCAGAGUGGUUUGAGCACCAACGUAAUGGACCUUCAAUUACUUUUUGGUUUCGUAACUACCUCCCUUCCGCUGCUCUCUUAUUUUUGACUAAGUUGAAGCAUGGGGCUGACACGUCGGAUUGCUUAGCAGAAAUCAAGAUGUUCAUCAAUGGCUAUAGAUUUAAUGAGCUUAUGUUUUUAAUUAGGCCCGAGAUUCAAUCGGGGCAUGCGUAUCUAUUUGAUAUGAACCUGCAUAGUUGGGUAUACCUGCAUAGUUCCGAAAAUAAAAACGAGAAUAUGUGGAGCAUGAAAUUCAUGCUAGAGGAAGCACUUUCAACAAAUGAGUGGAACCAUGCACUGGUUAUAUGCACCCAUGAGAUGAAGGAUUUAUUGCGCAUAGAAAGUGGAAUCCACAUAUUCAAAGAGAAAAAUAGCACGGAGAAUAUUCGAUUUAGCAAUCCUUAUAAGAAGAGUAGAUUUGUAAAUGUAUAGACUAAAAUGGAGUUUCAAAUUUAGACUCAAAUUUGUAUUCAUGUAUCGGCAGGUUCUCAGUGUUCACUCAUGCACAUACUUUGUUAAUGGAUGCAUUUACGCUUGAGAUAUGGAUUUUAUAAGUGUCAAAAAUUCACCAUUUACAUUAUUAGCACCACCAUGGACUCUACCAACACCAUUUCUGUAAGAAUUGAUGAAUAUGACAUUAGGAAACCACGUGAACAUUAUUGGAAGACAUUCAUCUUAGAGCUGCUCUUGGAGAUAUUCUAAGCCAUAUUUAAUUGAAUUUUCUCUCACAUGCUUUGCCAUAGCCGAUCA